UGUGUGUGUGUGUGUGUGUGUGUGUGUGUGUGUGUGUCCAUUUAUCAGUUACACAUGCAUGUCAGUACAUCCUUAGGAAAAAUUGCUUUUCUUUCUGAUGUUUUAUUGUGCAUGCAGCUAAAUGUAAGUGCCAAAACACUGUUGUCUUGUUGUUUGGAGCUAAAUGUCUGUGUUAAACUUGCUAGCUAGCUUGAAUACUCCUGCUAGCGUUAGCAUUUGCAUUGUCAUCUGGAAUGCAUUACUAUUUAGCAUGCUUAUUAGCGCAUUUGUUAGCAUUUCUAUGUGGUGCUAGGCAAUUUUCGGUUGUAGAUUAUUCAUGUGUAGAUAUUUCUACAUUGCUCUAUUGCUUCAUUGUGCAUCUAGCAUGUGUUUGGGUCCACAUAGCCUAUUUAGUUUGUUGACAAGGCAUAUUGAAUUAGGCAUAUUUUUUCCCAUACUGUGCUAUAGCCUAAAUUCUCCCCUUUUCUUUACAGAACCACAAAUACUAUCAGAGAGAGUGGUGUUGUGUGUGUGGAUCUUCAUUAAACCCUUGAACUAGAGCUACUGCUUCCUCGUGUUCUGAACGGACACCCUGUGGUGGUUACUACCGGCCUAAAAACCUUUUAUUGGUCCUUCGAAUUCAUAAACAACACAUAUUUUUCAAUACUAUUCUCCUCAUUAAUGAAUUUCUCAGUCAUUUUAUGCUUGCUCAACAAACACACAUUUCAUAGGGAGCAUGUUGUUAAACAAGUUUUCUGCAGACAUAUUUUGGGCAUGCAACUGCAAAAAUGGUUUUGGCUUGAAGUUAACACUGUGUCAUCUAAAAUAGUUAUUUGUACGGGGGACAUAUCAUACAGCAGUGGUUCCCAACUCCGGUGCUCGAGUACACCCAACAGGAUCGAAUAUGGGAACAUCUGUUUUACAGUAAACACACCAGUGUGUCACACACAUGUAAAGUGCCCUCCGUAAUUAUUGGGACAGUGACCAUUUUGUUGUUGUUUUGGCUCUGUAUCCAGCACUUUGGAUUUGAAAUGAUAUGACUGAAACUGAAGUUAAAGUGCAGACUGACAGCUUUAAUUUGAGGGUAAUUCCAUCCAUAUCGGUUGAACCGUUUGGAAAUUACAGCACUUUUUGUACAUAGUCCCCCCAUUUUAGGGGACCAAAAGUAUUGUGACAAAUUCACUUAUUUGUGUAUGAAAGUAGUCAAAAGUUUAGUAUUUGGUCCCAUAUUCCUGGCACGCAAUGAUUACAUCAAGCUUGUGACUCUACAAACUUGUUGGAUGCAUUUGAGCUUUGUUUUGGAUGAUAUUGUUACGUUCCCCAGCAAGAAAACCAAACAAUGUCACUCAAACAGAAGGGGGAAAUAACAAAGAAUCACUGACAACCACUCCUAUCCUGUUAUUGUCAAUGAAGGAAAUACAUUCACCAACACAGGAACUCUCACCCACUCAAAUUGGUCAGUAGCUUAUUAUGUAUUUUUAAUAAUUGUAGUUCUACAAGUACUUGAACAGUGGGUGUGUAGACCUAUUUUGUCUGUCAACAUCUAGUCUUGGGAAUCCCAGACCUAUUUCAACAGCACUAAAGUAACAAAAAUGAGAAGGUCGUCUCGUUUGCUUGAGUCUACAGCUUUACUUGUGAUCAGCAUUCUGUGCUUGGUCAUCAUUUUUAUUAAAGAGGACAUUCGUCCUAAAAAACCCUCAAACCAUUUCCAGAUAAACAGGAGGGAAUCAACCUAUCAAAACAGACCUCAGAAACCAACCAGUGAGAGCGCAGGUGUUUCUACCUGGGGCCAUUGUGAACGGAAUGAGUCUGCGGCCAAUGUGUCAGGGUUUUCCUCUCUGCCAGUUCACAUCCAAGACUUCCUCUUCUAUCGUCACUGCCGCCACUUCCCAAUGCUGCUGGAUGUACCUGAUAAAUGUGGAGGCCCUCACAAGUCUGCUGACGUCUUCCUUCUGCUGGUCAUAAAAAGCUCACCUGCGAAUUAUGACCGCCGUGAGGUACUACGGAAAACCUGGGCCAAGGAGAGACUGCAGAAUGGAGUCUGGAUCCACAGGAUUUUUCUCUCGGGAACCACAGGCACAGGCUUUGAGAAGCGCAAGCUAAACAAGCUUCUACGACUGGAGAACCGUGAGCAUAAUGACAUCUUGCAGUGGGACUUCAACGACUCCUUCUUCAACCUCACCCUGAAGCAGAUUUUGUUCUUAGAAUGGAUGGACAAGAACUGCCGCCAAGCCCGAUUUCUGCUCAACGGUGACGAUGAUAUCUUCGCCAACACAGAUAACAUAGUGCACUACCUUCAGAGUCUAAAAGACAAUGAUGGUGACAAGCACCUUUUUGCAGGUCAUCUAAUCCGCUAUGUAGGACCCAUUAGAGAGUCAGGGAGCAAAUACUAUGUCCCAGUCCAGGUUCAAGAGUCAGACUCAUAUCCCCCUUACUGUGGGGGUGGGGGCUUCCUGCUCUCUGGAAACACAGCUAUGGUCAUUUACAAAAUGACCCAUACCAUUCCCAUUUUGCCAAUUGAUGAUGUAUACAUGGGAAUGUGUUUGGAAAAGGCUGGUCUUGGGCCAGAGUCCCAUUUCGGAGUCAGGACUGCUGGACUUCAUGUCCCCUCCCAAAACGUGGACACUUUCGAUCCUUGUUAUUACAGGGAAAUCAUUUUAGUACACAGAUUUCUGCCACAUCAGAUAUAUAUUAUGUGGCACGGAAUACAUGAACCUAACUUGAAAUGUAGUAAUUCGCAAGGUUCUCUUUAGCCAUCUGUCCUGUUGAAAUCAGUUGCCUGCUGAGGUUUGUUUUUCCAGUCUUUUUUUUCCAAACAUGUGUUAUGUCUGAAAGUUGUUUUUGUUGUUGUUGUAAAUACAGACUAAUUUUAAGAUGUAAGUUAUGGGAUUGAUUGCUUCUUCUGUGUAUGUACAUUGAAAUUAUCAAAGUUUAUAUAAUAUUUUGUUUUAAGUCAUUAUCCCUUCUUUCUAUUUAAAAAAUGAAAACAUGCAUAUUAAAAAAAAUAAACGAUAUUGAUUCUAUAUCAAACGCUAAUAAAAUAAUAUGCAUCUUUGAUUUUUGCCAUGUGUAUGGCUUUAGGUCAUUCUGGCGAUUGUUAAGUAAUUGAUGAGGUAAAUAUUAUUGAGUAUAUAAAUAUAUAAACCCACCGGACCACAAAUAAGCCAUAUUUCACAAUAAUUUCCACUGCAGAUCACCAUAAACAAUGGAUUUCAUGAAUUAAUAUUUUAUUUAACCAGGCAAGUCAGUUAAGAACAAAUUCUUAUUUACAAUGACAGCCUACCCCAGCCAAACCCGGAUGAUGCUGGGCAAAUUAUGCGCUGCCCUAUAGGACUCCCAAUCAAGGCUGGAUGUGAUACCACUGCGCCACUCGGGAGCCUACACAGAAUCUGUCAUCCUUUUCUCUGCAGUACUUCAGCUGUAGCCACACAUUUUAACGUUUAUAGUAUGAAAGUAAUACUAUUAUUACAUAAACCAAGUAGAGACAUGGGGUGGCAGGUAACCUAGUGGUUAGAGCAUUGGGCCAGUAAACCGAAAGGUUGCUCGAUUGAAUCCCUGAGCUGACAAGGUAAGAAUCUGUUGUUCUGCUCCUGAACAAGGCACUGUUCCCCGGUAGGCCGUCAUUGUAAAUAAGAAUCUGUUCUUAACUGACUUGCCUAGUUAAAUAAAAAAACUUUUGGAAGCAUACAAACAACAUUCUGUUAUUACAAGUGCCUAAUACUGUAUUGGCAAGGGGGAUACUUAGUCAUUUGUUCAACUGAAAUGUGUCUUCCACAUUUACCCAAACCCCUCUGAAUCAGAGAGGUGCGGGGGGCUGCCUUAACUGGCAUUGUUAUUAAAGUAAACGAUUCACAACACA